AUGUCACCAGCACUCUUCAGUGUCUUCAUGGAUGGGCUCUCACAGGCCUUGACUAAAACCGGGGUCGGCUGCUCCAUCAACGGCAUAAUGGCCAACCACCUAGCGUAUGCCGAUGAUAUGGUCCUGCUUGCUCCAUCAGUAGCCGCUAUGCGAGACUUACUUGCGGAAUGCGGAAAAUACGCCAGUCAGCACAACAUGAAGUAUAAUCCGGACAAGUCAGAGUUUAUGGUCAUGGAAGCGGCAAAUAUGCCGUUGAGCGUACCGCCACUGUUACUUGAUGGAGUUCAACUGCGGAGAGUCUACGAGGUUAAAUACCUAGGCCACAUCCUGCUGUCUAGUUUGAAAGACCACAGGGACAUUGAAAGGCAAAGACGAGCUAUUGCAGUACGAGCGAACAUGCUAGCCAGAAGAUUCGCCAAAUGCAGCGACGACGUGAAACGGCAGCUGUUCCUAAGUUUUUGUACUUGUGUCUACACAGUGGAGUUGUGGUCAGAUUACACCUGUGCAGCAGUGGGAGACAUGCGCGUACAGUAUAAUAACGCAUGGCGGGCGGGCGGAAGGGGCGCGCGCCGGGCUGGGGCGCGCUGCUGA